AUGGCCCGUGCCGGUGUUCUCAACGCCAACUCCAUUCCCUUUUUCCCUGGUGGACUCCGGUCUGUGGACGAUGACGGAUUUGCACCCGACUUUCGUUCCCUCAAAUCCUCCUCCCCUAGUCCUCCCCAACCUCCAUUCGAUCGCCCUUCGCCGAUUCCCCGUCAAAGCAGCACCCGGCUAGACCCACUCGAGGAGACAGAUGACCACAAUGAACUCCCUCCAACUUUCUUUCCGCCACCACCCACAAACGGGACCUCUUUCAAUCCUCCCGGCGGUCUCACAUCGUCCUCUCCCGUGUCCUCACUAGACUCUGGAAGCCAGUUUCUCGUUAGCGAUCAAGCCGCUCGUGUUUUCGAGGCACAACUGAGAGCCUCCCCGCUGAUUAAUGACAUUCUCGACCGCGUCACUCGUUGCGAAUUCUCUGUCCGAGAUAUGCAACGCGAGGUAGCCGAUGUUCAGCGUAAAGUUGGCGUUCUGGUUGACCGUAGCCUCGGAAUGAACGCCCAACCCGAGUUCAAAGACCCAUUUGCGAAUGGCCAGAGCUUUUCCUCUCCCCCACUCAGUGCCCCCAGACCUUCCAUCGGCAAUAUUGCCCCCAAUCAAUCCAAUCCUGCGCCAGAUGACCUUUCUUCUGUCGCUCAGCGCUUGGAUUUGUUGACAGCGUCGGUCGGUCAGCUUGCUGCUGCUUCGCACCAGAUUCAUGCAUCAAUUGCUGGCAACCCACAAAUGGACGUCGCUCCUAACCAGAUGAUGUCUGGCUCGGGCUUGUCCAACGCUGGUAUGCUCGGUCAUGGCUUGCCAAACCGACCUGAUCUCCGGCCUUCUCCGAGGGCGACAAAUACUCCAAUGCGCACUUGGUCUGCUGGAACCCUUGAUCUCCCAAUACGACCUGCCGAUCCAGGAAGGCAAGACGCAAUGAUUCGAGACAAACGUCGCUCUGUCUCUGGUCUCAUGCGCCGUGACUCUGCUGGGCUUCUCGACGAUAACUGGAAUGGUGGCUCUCGUGAUAAUGGCCCGAUGAUAUCUAAGUGGGAGCAACUCAGUCUUGCACCGGAUUUGCUGCGCUCCUUGAGUAAAUUUGGUGUGGGACCUCCAAACAAGAUUCAGCAGCGGGCACUCCCAUUCCUGCUACGUGGUGCUGACAUUAUCGCCCAAGCUCCGCCCACCCAGGAAAGGAUCGCUGCUUAUGUGAUCCCAGCCAUCCAAACGGCAGUGACCAACAUGUCUCGCGCCAGUCGAGGUCCUGUUGUCAUCAUGGUUUCGACUACCGUCGAUCAAGCAACCCAGGCUCAACGCAUGAUACGUGAUCUGGGUGGACCUAUUGGCAUCAAGUCUGCUUUGGGUGUUGGUGCCGCAAUAAACGAUAUCAGUCAAGAACUUCGCGUUCUUCAACAGAGCAUGCCUCACAUCAUCUGUGGCACUCCACAAAAAUUGCAUGCCCUAUUCACUGCAUCAGGUGGGCUUUCAGGAUCGGAAGUCCGGUUCCUUGUUCUCGAUGAGGUGGACCAGUUGAUCGCUCGCAAUCUCCAUGAGUUUGUUUUCAACAUUGUCAAACUUUUACCACCGCCCCGAUCGCGCCCAUUAGGCACCAACACUCCCAGUGCGACCCCUGGCUCUUUGUCACAGUCGUCAUUCACUUCUCCCUUCGACUCUCCCUCAACAGGACGCCGAUUCUCUACUACUGGCCUGGCUCCGUCUCCGCCAGCACCGGAAAAUUCCAGCCCUGCCCCGAUUGAACGUCAAACUGCGCUUUUCUCGAACACAGUUCCGCAAGACGUCUUGAAUCUUGCGACUGCCAUCCAGCUUCGAGAGCCUGUCCGCGUCCUUGUGCGACGUGACGGAAACGUCACUCACUCAGACACGACCCAAACUUCGCGCGGCUUACGCCAAUUCUAUCUGUAUCUCGCAUUCACCGCAGGUGGACGCUCUGAUGCGCUCCCCUCCGCUCCAGGUGGUGGACUGGGGAUAAUUGGCUCCGGUCGCGGCGCCUCAAAUGCCGAAAGUGCUCAAGCUCGCGAGUGGAAACUUGAUGCACUUGCUGACCUUUUCGAUGAUGUCGAGGUCGGGCAGGCGAUCGUGCAUGUCGGUGGGAUGACAGCUCUCGACUCGGUCGUAUAUAAACUGGCUAGUCGAGGAUUGGAGGCCGUUCCUCUCCAUGGUGAUAUGAGUGCUGGCACUAAACUUGCGGCUCUCAACAAGUUCAGAGGAGCCACAUCCGUCAUCAUGCGACAACCAUCUGCCAAAGUCCUUGUCGUCUACGAUGUUCAAGUCAAGUCGCCUGAAGUGACACACGUACCACUCGUAAUCAAUUAUGAUCUACCCAAGGCUGUUGAGGAAUAUGCCCACCGGGUUGCUCCUGCUAUUGCCUCUAGCUAUGCCCGCGCCGGCGUUGUCGUCAACUUUGUGACCGCCACGGGAGGCGAUGUGGAGAUGCUACGAUCUAUAGAAUGUUUCUACAAAAUCAAAUGCCCCGAAGUUCCCAUGACUCUCCGCGAUAUUGUCUAA